AUGACCACUGAGCCUAGACCAACGCUCGUGCGGUUUGAAGGGGGUAGGGAUGGAGUCGAGUGCAAUGAGAAAGAUCUGCAGCAAACCAGCGAUGCCAUCCAGCUGGCUGAGGCGGUAGAAUCGACAAAGUGCAGUCCGUGGACCGCCAGCAUGUUCCGGCUGUACGGCUGCCUGAUGAUCACAUAUCUCUGUGGAUGCUUGAAUGGCUACGAUGGAUCACUGAUGGGCGGAUUAAAUGCGACGACGACGUACCGAGACUUUUUCCACAUGAAAACUGCGUUAUCAAGCACUGGAUUGGUAUUUGCUAUCUAUAACAUUGGCUCUAUUCCUGCGGUGAUUCUCUCUGGUCCGGUCACCGAUAUCUCCGGGCGCCGCAAGGGCAUGUUCACUAGGGCCGCCAUUAUCAUCAUCGGCACUUGCAUCCAAGCACCUGCCACAUCCCAUCGAAAGUUCCUUGCGGGUCAAUUUAUCCUCGGUUUUGGAGUCAGCUUUUGCUGUGUCAGUGCUCCCUACUAUCUUGCUGAAAUGGCUCAUCCAGCGUGGCGCGGAACCUUGACUGCGUUGUACAACUGCACCUGGUACAUCGGCUCUAUCGUUACUAGUUAG